GGCUCUGUGUGUCAGCUCUCGCCCGUCAUCAGUAGGUCGGGUGCGAUGCCAACGAUAGGCGAGGCCACGGCAUUGUGAGCGAACAAUACCGGUGAGGUGUCACACUCGCCCAGCGCUGGAACAGAGUAGCGGAUGCGAGCAGCUGAACGUUGUCUAUGUAAUGAGUGGAGCUCGACCCUUGCGUUGAUGUUAGUUUACGUUGGCAGCGGUGCCGGGAGAAAUGGCGCUCGCCCAUAACUUGUCACACGCCCACCGCGGCUGAAGCUGUCAAGAUGGACCGGAGCGCGGGUGGUCGUGGUGGUGGCCGCUCGCAGUCUCUCUCAGGCAUGGACACCUUAGUCGAGAGCACCGAGCUGGAGGUGCCCAUCCAGCAGCUCUCCACCAACUCCGUCGCUCAGCAGGAAUUCCAUUGGGAGAACAUAGUCAAGCUCUUCGGCAAGAAGUCGGACCAGCUGACCGCACCCGACAGCUUCCCCAAGUAUAAGUUUUCCAUCAAGAAUGAGUAUAUUACCAACAUCAACCAACGUAUCCUGAACAAUAUCCGCUCCGAACGCGGUUCCAUCCACCCGGGCUCCAUGACGGAGGUCAUCCCCGAGUUCUUCGUGUCGACUGGUUACAACUGCCGUGGCUUGCUGUUCCCCACCAUUAACCACUCCUUCCGAUCCCAGGAGUUGGAGAAGCUGUACCAGCGCUACUUCGCUCGCCAGAGGCGCAACUCUGUCGUGGUGAUGAACCUGUUGGACUGUUUCACCAAGUUCACAGUGCUGAUGGUGUAUUUCUUCCUGGUGCCCGACAUGAUCGAACCCAUCAAGAGCGGGCUGACGGGCCUGAUCAUCUUCUUCUCCACCACGCUGUGUUUCAUGGUGCAAGCCGGCAAGGACGCCAUCUCGCACAACUACUUGCAGUAUAUCGGCCUGGCCACCUGGUUCUACCAGACGAUGCAGAUUCUCCUGAACGUGGGGAUGGGCCUGGAGACCAACGAGACCUGGUACAUCCUCUUCAUCGUGUUUGGCACGUACACCAUGCUGCCCCUGCCGCUGCUCUGGAGUAUCCUGGCGUGCACCACCUCCACAUGCGCCCACCUGCUGAUUGAAACAUUCCGCUUCACCCACACCCGCGCGAUUAUUCACCAGUUGAUUGUCAAAGGAUUGUUGCUGAUCACGAUGAACAUAGGCAGUCUCUAUAUCAGUUACCUCACCGACCGAGCACACCGAUUGGCCUUCCUGGAGACCAGGCGGAGUAUUGAGGGCAGACUGCAAUUAGAGGAAGAGAAUGAAAGACAGGAAAAGUUGGUACUGUCCGUUCUGCCACGGUUUAUGAUGCAGGAGAUACUCAAGGACAUGGCUAUAGAGGUGAGAACACUAGGAGGCUUCCACAAGAUCUACGCCCAUGAAUAUGCUAACGUCAGUAUAAUAUUUGCAGAUAUCAAGGGUUUCACUAAUUUAUCGAUUCUCCUGGCGCCACAUGAACUGGUCCACUUGCUUGAUGAACUCUUUGGGCAGUUUGACGAGCUUGCUGAAGCGAACUCCUGCUUACGAAUUAAGAUUCUUGGCGAUUGCUACUAUGCGGUUUCGGGCCUACCUGAGCCCCGCGCUGACCAUGCUCACUGCUGCGUGGAGCUGGGACUGGGAAUGAUCACUGCUAUCCGGAAUAUCCGCUUGUGUUGCCGCUCAGACAUCGACAUGCGGAUUGGAAUCCACUCGGGCUUCGUCCUGUGUGGCGUGCUGGGGCUGCGCAAGUGGCAGUUUGACGUCUGGUCACUCGAUGUUCACAUUGCCGAUGAGAUGGAGAGCUCCGGCCAUCCUGGACGAAUCCAUAUCUCUGAAGCGACCUUGAACUGCUUAGAAGGUCAUUAUGAAACUGAGGAGGGUUUUGGCAGUGAACGGAAUGCAGUGUUGGCAAAGUACAAUAUCCGGACCUACUUCAUCAAGCGGCCAUUGGUUUUAUCCGUGCCCGAGCAAAGGCAGGCGAGCCUGAAAAAAGAGCCCAAUAUCCCCCAGAGAUUACUGCUUGCUAACAGGAGGACAGAGGCUCUCCGCAUCAGUGCCCAGAAGCUUGAAAGUAACCUGCUCAAUAUGGCCAACGCUCCCUGGAGGCUGGAUCACCCCUUCGACAGGAUCAUCAGCUUGAACAGAGUGCUCGCCGCCAUCUUGAGGAAGCCCAGGCAAACCGUCAACAUAUCCAGAGCCCUCUCGUUCACUUCGGCCAGAUUCUGCUCGGUGAACGUGAGAGUUGAGAACGCCAUCGAGCUGCGUAGCAGUGACAGGCUGCGGGCCUGCUACAUCAACGAGAUCACCUUGGUGUUCAAGGAUGAGGACAUUGAAAGGAAGUAUCGCAGGAUGCGGGACGAAGUGUUCACUUCCAGCAUGGUCUGCUCCUUCAUCAUAAUGCUCUUCAUCAUUGGAAUGCAGAUAAUGUUCAAAAUACCCGAGUGGACCAUGCGGCUGGGCCACUUCAUCUGCAUUGUACUCAUCUACUGUUGGCUCCUGCUGUGCACCACUGCCGAGGGCUUUGCCUGCCUGCCGAAGGCCAUGCAUCAGCUGUGCGGCUGGAUCCACGAGACCUACAGUGUGAGGACCUCCAUCAUGCUCAUCGCCAUUUCUGCCAACUUUAUCUCCUCCAUAUACGACAUGAUUUGGUGUCCUAGGUUGAACCCAUAUGCAGAAACUGAUAAUAAUGGGAGCACAUGGGAAAAUCCUACCAUUUGGGCAGCAAGCAUCUGCAACGAGCCUGAGUUCUUUCUGCUAAUUAGUGUGUUACCCAUGAUCACCUCGGCUAUCUUUCUCCAUCUCCACUCGGUUGUGAAGAUGUUGUGCCUCACAGUGAUGAUGAUCAUCUACAUCUACAUCGCUGAGGUCACGCUGGAGAACACCGCUCAUUCCACUGAAAUAUCAUUGGAAAGUGCCUACUACAAGUGGCAUCAAGGGAUCAUCUUCUUGCUGAUGUUCAUGUUUGUUGUAACCGUCGCUUACCAUGCACGACAGAUCGAGUCAACAGCACGACUGGACUUCCUGUGGAGGCUGCUGGCCAAGAGGGAGAUGGAGGAGAUGGCAGAGUUACGUCGGCACAACGAGAGUCUCCUCCACAACAUCCUGCCUCAACAUGUGGCUCAUUACUUCCUCAACAAGGAUCCCGAAGAUGAGGACGUCUACUUUGAGUCGCACAACGAUGUGGGCGUCCUGUUUGCCUCCAUCCCGGAGUUCAACGCGUUUUAUUCACAGGCGGAGGGCAACAAGCAGGGGAUGGCGUGUCUGCAGCUACUCAACGAGAUCAUCGCAGACUUCGAUCAGGCUAUGAGUGAAGAACGCUUUAACAAUGUAGAAAAGAUUAAAACCAUUGGGAGUACGUACAUGGCAGUAUCUGGUCUCACCACGGCGACGGUGGAGGGGAACGACGAUGAAUGGCAGCACCUGUGCAACCUGGCAGACUUUGCGAUCGCUCUGGAGAGUAUCAUGGCUCAGAUCCAACACCACUCCGACAUUGACUUCAAGCUCCGCGUGGGAUUCAGCCAUGGAUUUGCGAUCUCAGGAGUGAUUGGAGCAAAGAAGCCUCAGUUUGACAUCUGGGGCACGACAGUGAACAUGGCGAGUCGCAUGGACUCCACGGGUGUGAGUGGGAGGGUGCAGGUGCCCGCUGAUACCCAGGUGGUCCUGUCCCUGCGCGGCUUUGUGCUGGAGUACCGGGGAGCCAUUACCAUUAAGGGCUUCUCGGAGACGCAGGGCAAGAUGGAUACCUACUUCCUGUUGGGGAGAGCGAAGGAGAUUGUGAAGCAUCACUGGAUGAGGCGGAUGAGUUCCCAGCAGACGCUGUCCGCCUUUGUGUCUGGUCUGGUGCAGCAGAAGAACACACCGGCACCCCCCAACAACAGGGAUAACUAGUGCCGUGCCCAGCACUGCCUGGCCCACAUCGGCACGGCUCAGCGCCACACAUCCUCCUCCAUGGAGCAGGCGCUAAUGUGAUUGUGUAAUAAUGUAGUGCAGUGAAUUUAUAGAGAGAUGUAAGUGGUUGCUCAGGUUGAGGAGAGGCUGUGUAUCAGCACAGCGGCAGCCUCCGUCCAGCCUCCGUCUUGAGCCCAGACACGCUCGCCGCCGCCAGUGUGGUGAGACCCAUGCCUGGCUUCGUCUGCUCGAGGCUCUGACCUCCAGUCGUUGCCCACUGUGGGACAGACAAGCAGCAGUCCCAGCUAACCCUAACCCUAACCCAAUGAAAACCUUAACCCUACCCCCAUCCCAGCAUCAGUGGGCUGGCACCAGAGCAACACACAGUAAUGCAGGACUCAAUAUUAAAUCUGAUCUCAGCUGAAACUGAUGCUGUGUGUGUGUGUGUGUGGAAGUCAUUUAUUUCAUUCCAUACCCACUUGCUCAUCAUUCCUCCCACAUUCACACCCAGCUUGUUAAUAUACACCACAGGCAGCCCGCCCACCAGCACCCAUCCCUGUCACACACAAUAGUGAAAGGCCCAGAUAGAUAGAUGUGGAGAGGAUGUUUCCACUAGUGGGAGAGUCUGGGACUAGAGGUCAUAGCCUCGGAAUACAUGGACGUUCUUUUAGGAAGGAGAUGAGGAGGAAUUUCUUUAGUCAGAGAGUGGUGAAUCUGUGGAAUUCAUUGCCACAGAAGGCUGUGGGGGCCAUCAAUGUAUAUUUGUAAUGCAGUGAUAGAUAGAUUCUUGAGUGUGGUCGGUGGGAUCUUACCAACGCCUGCCUUUGGGUAGACAGUGUGUCCUUGGUACCAGGCAGCAGUGGUUGGUAUUUCAAUUACAGUUGAGUUUAUUGUCACGUGUACCGAGGUACAGUGAAAAUAAUUUGUUGCGUGCUAAUCAGUCAGCAGAAAGACAAUACAUGAUUACAAUCAACCCAUUUACUGUGGUAGAUACAUGAUAAAGGGAAUGACGUUUAGUACAAGGUAAAACCAGUAAAGUCCGAUCAAGGAUAGUCCGAGGGUCACCAAAGAGGUAGAUAGUAGUUCAGGACUGCUCUCUGGUUGUGGUAGGAUGAUUCAGUUGUCUGAUAACAGCUGGGAAGAAACUUUCCCUGAAUCUGUAGGUGUGCGUUUUCACACUUAUGCCCAAUGGGAUUUGAUAAUGCUGCUGACCUUGCCGAGGUAGCGUGAGGUGUAAAUGGAGUCAAUGAAAGGGAGACACAAAAAGCUGGAGUAACUUCGUGGGACAGGCAGCAUCUCUGGAGAGAAGGAAUGGGUGACGUUUCAGGUGGAGACCCUUCUUCAGGGCCAGGGAGGUUGGUUUGUGCGAUGGUCUGGGCUGUGCCCACAAUUCGCUGCAAUUUCUUGCAGUCUUGGAUGGAGCUGUUCCCAAACCAUGCUGCGGUGCAUCCUGACAAAAUGCCAAUUUUUGUUUCCCGUGGGAUAUGGUUUAGUUUAGUUUAGAGAUACAGCACGGAAACAGGCCCUUUGGCCCACCGAAUCCGCACCGACCAGCGAUCCCCGCACAUUAACACUAACCCGCGCCCACUAGGGACAACGUACAUUUAUACCAAGCCAUUAAGCUACAAACCUGUACGUCUUUGGAGUGCGGGGGGAAACCGAAGAUCUUGGAGAAAACCCACGCAGUUCACAGGGAAAACGUACAGACAGCACCCAUAGUCAGGAUUGAACCCGGGUCUCUGGCUGCAAGCGCUGUAAAGGCCCUGUCCCACUAUACGAGAGUUCUACCGAGUUUAAAAAAAUAAUCAAACUCGUAAGUAUGUAGAAUGUACGUAGCGGGUGCGUCGGAACUCGGGACGUCUCUUAGCGGCUCGUAACGCUAACGGCAGGUACUCGGGAAACGCGGUAAGCUCGUGAAGGUUUGCCGAAAGAGUGUCCACGAGAGUCCCCGAGUACCUACGAAUGGCUAUUACCGUAAUUCUCCGAGUUCAAAUCAGGGGAAAGUCGGGAGAACACGUGAAUGACCUCGUACAGUGGGACAGGGGCUUAAGGUAGCAACUCCAUUGCUGUGCCACCAUGGGUUGUUCCAGCUUCAUCCACCCUGUAUGAAAGAAACCCAGCUGCUCUCCGGGGGUGACUGGCACUCUGUUCUUUUUUUUUUUAAUUAUUAUUUUUAUUAGAAGCAAUUGUACAAGAAUAUAACAUUCGGCAUGUAAAAUUAUACUAUUAUUGUACAGCUUCACUUUUAACCUUUUAACCUGAAAAUGAGAGAAAAGAGAGAAAGAACAAGAAAGGGAAAAAGUGAAAAGAUAGGACCCCUAGACUACCAAAGUAGUGUGGCCAGAGAGCGAAUAAAGAUAUCAGAGAGGAAAAGGAAAAAGAAAAGGAAAAAGAAAGAUAAAAGAGG